GGCCGAUGGUACCGUACGUUGCUCCAAACGAUAGAGGCACUGAACCACCAGCUAUAUUGGCAAGUCGGCAAAGCUGGUCGAUUAAUAAUGGGGCUCAAGCUCCCAGCAGCAGUACUACUCUCCCAGGUGGCCAAGCUAGGCUCCCUCCUUAUUCUCUUCCUUCUCGUGCUGCUGGUGCCUGCCUUCCUCAGGGUCCCCUAUUACAACCUCCUCUUCAACGCCAUUGUCCUCGCGCUGGGCAUCCAGGCCGGCCUCCUGCGCCGCGGCAGCACCAUGACCUCUUCCGACCCUAUCGCUGACGAAGACCGGCACGGGUCUUCCCGGACUGGUCAGGAUGUCACGCCUGUCAGUAUCGCGGCUUCACCGUUUCAGAGGGCUAGAUCAGUCCGUGUCCAUCACAACGACCAGACGGCGGCCGCAGAUGAUCAGGCGGUACCUGCCUUUGGAGCAAGUAACAUAGUUGACCUGAAGACGAAGACCAAGAAGGUGGUGCUGACGAUGCUGAUGAAGAAGUGCCCGUCGGCGGCGAGCAUCUUCUUCCUCAGCGCGCUGAACGGCAGCCGAGUCAGCGGAGAGAAGGCAUCCGAAGAGAAGCAGGAAGAUCGUAAACUCGACGUGGAAAUGACUCGGCAGGAGCUGUUUGCCAACACGGAGAGGUUCAUCGGGAACUUCCGCAAGGAGCUCAGGAUGCAGAGACAGUAGCUCUCGAAGCUAGCCCAAAAACCUAAGUUGGCUUUCCUUUUUCUUAUUAUAAUUAGGGUGAUACUUGAUAGGCACGGUUCGCCGCGCCGGUGAUAUCAGGCUUGUCCGUUGCUACUAACUUUUUGUUGUGUUGCGUGAGGAAAACAUGAGGUGAGUGAGAUGUGCCUGUAGUUUUGGUAAUAAGGAUUGAGGAAAUGCACUUUAGCAGUUCAACUCUAUCAUAAAGUAGUCCAGCUUCCA